AUGUCGUGCUACCUACACCAGUGCCUCCCUCCAGUCUACCAGAACCCCAUCCCCAUCAAGUGCUCGCCAAUGUAUACUGCUAGACAUCUGCCAGCGCGUACCUGGCACUCAACACUGUGUACACCACAGUAUUUGUCGCCCUGUGUCCCCCGGCAGCGGAUCAUGUCCUCCAGCUUCUCCCAUGAGCAGUGUGUAACCAAGUGUGUGCCGCGGCUGAAGUAUGAGACCAAGUAUGUGCCACAGCAGCAGUGUGUGACCCAACACAUCCAAGAGCAGCCAUAUGUAACUCGGUGUGUGACAACCUGCGUGCCACAGCAGCAGCUUGCAACUGAGGGUGUGCUGCAGCAGCCUUGUGUGACCAAGUGUGUGCCACAGCAGCAGUGUGCCACUGAGGCUGUGCCACAACAGUGUGCAACCAAGUGUGUGACCGCCUAUGCCCCCCAGCAGCAGUGUGAGACCAGAUAUGUGACCACGUGCAUGCCACAGCAGCCGUACCUGACCAAGGGCAUCCCGCAGCAACAGUGUGCAACCAAGUGCAUCCCACAGCAAUGUGUGACAACAUACACCCAGCAGCAGCCAUGUGCAACCAGGUGUGUGACCACGUGUGUCCCAGAGCAGCGUGCAACCAAAUGGGUCUCGCACUCCUUUGUGACCUCUUCUGCCCCGCAGCAGUGUGCCACCACAUAUGUCCCACAGCAGCGUGCAACCAGGUGUGUAACAAAGUGUGUCCCACAGCAGUGUGCCACUGACUGUGCUACCAUUUGUAUCCCACAGCAGGGUGCCACCAAGUGUGUCCCACAGCAGCAGGGUGCCACUCAAUGUGUCCCACAGCAGCAGUGUGCCACCAAGUGUGUGCAACAGCAGCAGGGUGCCACCAAGUGUGAGCGCCAGCAGCAGUGUGCCACCAAGUGUGUCCCACAGCAGCAGUGUGUCACCAAGUGUGUCCCACAGCAGCAGUGUGCCACCAAGUGUGUGCAACAGCAGCAGGGUGCCACCAAGUGUGAGCGCCAGCAGCAGUGUGCCACCAAGUGUGUCCCACAGCAGCAGUGUGUCACCAAGUGUGUCCCACAGCAGCAGUGUGCCACCAAGUGUGUGCGACAGCAGCAAUGUGCCACGAAGUGUGUGCGACAGCAGCAGAGUGCCACGAAGUGUGUGCGACAGCAGCAAUGUGCCACCAAGUGUGUCCCACAGCAGUGGUGUGCCACCACGUGUGUCCCACAGCAGCAGUGUCAGUUGGGUGGAGUGAAAAUUUCAAGCCAUGCUAAAAAGUACUGCUCUGCCUCCAAAUGGCCCUGGUAG